CAGACCUGCCUCCUCGCAUGGACUUCCUUCCUCCAUCUAGCAGCUGAGGGCGCCACUAGCUGCACGGAGCAAGCUGCGCUGCAGAGGACUCGCUCAAUGGGCUCUCAGGCCUCUCUAGGAGAAGUAAGGCGAGUGCCGGUAAUCCAGAGAUCCGUCCACAGCUUCGCAUCUUCGUCGUCUGUCCCGCUUCUGGAGACAAACUAGUGUGACACUACGACGUCGUCUUCGUUUCCGUGAGUGUGCACGGCAAGUUUGGCGUCCUGUUGCUUUCUUCUAGCCUCUCAAGAGGAACGCUCCUGAUGCCGGCGGAAGCAGCACUCUGCAAAUGUUGUUGAUGUGUCCUUCGGUGUGUGAAGUACGAUAAGUGUGUGAAGAGGUUGGCGGCUUCUUGACAAAAGUGUAUCGUCGUGCCAUGUGAUCCGUGUGGUUAAGUUUCGCGAGUACGAAGGUGUGUUUUUCGAGGUGUGAUUUUGGUGCCCGUCGUGGACUUCGACGCCCCCUUGGAUAUUUUUCUUCGCCAGCGGGAACUUUAGACCGUCGGCGCAGCCAUGCGCUCCUACAAGUUCACGCUAAGGGACACACCAGCCCAGAUGUUGAUCAUCGUGGGUUGUCUUCUGUUGCGUACAGUGCAUGGUCAGCAGCAAUCAUUUCGGGUUCGACCGGAAGCCAAAGAAGUAAUAGAAGGCCAUACGAUUGAACUACGUUGUGAAGUUGCUAAUCAGGCCGGAGCCGUGCAGUGGAGCAAAGACGGCUUCGUAUUAGGAUUUAAUAGGAGUAUUCCAGGAUACCCAAGGUAUACCAUGAUCGGGGAUCCAGCGCAAGGUGUUCAUAAUAUAAGGAUAGAGAAUGCUACGCUAGAAGACGACGCGGAAUACCAGUGCCAGGUUGGACCAACCAGCGAUCACAAAGCCAUCCGUGCCGAUGCACGUCUCACCGUACUGCUUCCCCCAGCGUCUCUGACAAUCAAAGACCAUCCGAAUGGCAGCAGUGUCGAAGUGCGGCAGUCGGAAUCUGUGACGCUAACAUGUGUUGUAAGCCAAGCCAAGCCUGCUGCACAGCUCAAGUGGUUUCGAAAGAACGUCGAGCUCCGGCCAGAUAACGUACAGUACAGCGUCGAGGAUGGAGAAGGAGGCCGCCAGAACGCCAUCAGCAGCCUCACGUUGACGCCCCACCCGGACGAUAACGGCGUCACGUAUUCCUGCGAAGCCAUACAUUCGUCUUUAUCAAGGCCUAUCGUCACCUCUGUCAAGCUCGGAGUCUUCUUUCCGCCGGGACCUCCAGAGAUUCACGGCUACACGGAGGGUGAAACGAUCCGCAUGGGCGAUACGACGACGCUCCGGUGCAUUUCAAGGGGCGGAAACCCCCUGGCACAACUCGUCUGGUACAGGAACAACGAAGAGCGCUCCGUGGACAGUUCUUACACCACCAGCGGCAGGGAAUCCAUCAAUACGCUCACGUUCGUGGCCAACUCCUCCGACAACAACGCGGUGUACCGCUGCGUCGCCUCCAACGUCGUCUCUCCGGAACCUAUGGCUGCCUCCGUCAAGCUUACCGUGCAGUUUGCUCCUUCCAAGGUGACCGUCCGAGGCCCCAAGGAGGCGAAAGCUGGCGACCAGAUCACCAUGCGCUGUAAGACGGAGCGCAGUAACCCCGCUGCACAGGUGUCCUGGGUGGUCGACGGCCGACCGUUCACUUCAGUUUCAACGGUAACAGCAGAUCCUAAAGGAGGCUGGGUAACCAGUUCCAACAUCACCGUCAACAUCACCGGACAGGAGAGGAACAUGAAAAUGUUUUCAUGCUACGCUGUAAACCAGGACUUGGGAGAUACGGUCGUCGAGACAGCUGCUGUCAGCAUUUUAUACGCGCCGGAUCCACCUCGCAUAUUCGGCUACACGGAGGGCACACCCAUUCGCGCUAAGACACUCCAGCAUAUCACAUGCGUCACAAAUGGCGGAAACCCUCUCCCCACUCUACAGUGGUACAAAGGCAGUACUCAGGUGAACUCGACGUCCAAAAUCAAUGGCAACGCAGUCUCCUCAGAGGUCGCCAUUAUUGCUCAAGACUCGGACAACGGUGCCGAAUACCGCUGUGAAGCAUCUAAUGCUGCCACCAAGAAACCGCUGAAGACGGCAAUCAAGCUUACGGUUUACUUUCCUCCAACAGCAGUGACCAUCAAGGUGAAACCACGCAGGCCACGUUCGGGACAAAGGAUGACCCUGACGUGCGAGACGGGUUCCAGUCACCCACAGUCGACCAUAACAUGGUGGAAGGACGGCCUGCAGUUGUCAGGAGGCGUGGACGACGUCGUGGUCGACGCACCGUACGGCGGCAAAGCGGCGAAGAAUGUGUUCGUUGUUAACGUCACCGCGGACGAUGAUCGAGCAAAUUACAUGUGCCAAGCGACGAACAAGGCGCUUCAACUGAGCGUGCAUGAUUCUGUCACAUUGGACGUCACCUACAAACCCGAGUUUUACAACGCACCGCUGGAACGCUUCGAUAUCGUCGAAGGCGAAUCACUCGUGAUCAACCUGACGGCUCGUGCAAACCCUCCCUCAGUGACAUACACUUGGACGAAGGACGACCAGAAGGUCCUCACGAAGCAACCUGCCGGAGAACCUCCAGCCACUGUACUGUCUAGCGGGUCACUACUUAACCUGACCAACGUGGUACGCAGUGACGGUGGCGUCUACUAUUGUGAAGCCCAAAACAACGAGGGUUCUGCAAAAACGUCCAUUCUUAUCAACAUUCAAUAUGGUUCCACUAUCGUACGGAUAACGGAGUCUGUGAUCGUGGACGCCGGCUCGAACGCCCAACUCGAAUGCGAGGUGGACGCCAAGCCGUUCGACAGCGAAACAGUCUCCUGGCGUCGGACGGGGUACGACAUGGCUCGAACCCGUAGCGCCAUAGAGGACCGACGAUCCUACCUGACUGUGUAUAACGUGUCACGCGAGGACUCCGGGAAAUUUGAGUGCGUUGCUCACAACGGCAUCGGAGGGGAAGUGGUUAAGGUGGCGAAUCUCAUCGUCAAAUUUCGGCCGGAGAUCGAUCGAGGUGCUGACCAGCUGAAGGCCGCAGGCAAAGAGGGAGCCAGUGCGGAACUCGUGUGCCGGGCUCAGGCCGCCCCCAACGCCACGUUCUCGUGGUCCCGGGAAGGCGUCGCCAUCACUGUCGACUCCCGCCCGGAGAAAUACGAUAUAGCCGUUGCUCAGACGGGGUUGCUGUCCUUCGAGAGUACACUCAUAGUGAAGAAUAUCCGCUCCUCGGACUACGGUCCUUACGAAUGCGUCGCUCGUAACGAACUUGGAUUCGACAGCGCAAAAGUUCACCUGGACACUGUCAGUGCACCUGACCCGCCACUGCAGAUGUCUGUUGUAAACGCCACCUACAAUACACUGACCGUCGUCUGGCGUCCUGGAUUUGACGGCGGACUUCCACAGUCUUUUCGCAUUCGUUUCCGUGUCGCAGAUUCAAAUGAAGGCUACCACUAUCAGGAUAUCCUCUUCCCCAACGCAACUAUGCACACAGUUGGUGGGUUGCUCCAGAACACAGAGUAUACGCUUAGCAUAAUGGCCUUCAACGACUGGGGACAAGGCCAAUACCUCAAAGAUAUUAUCAAGGGGAAAACAACAGAUGACGCUCCCGCCGCUCCAAAGCAACACGUGGAGCCUCCUGCGAAAAUCGACAUCCCAAAGAUUAUCAUCACGAGCGUAUCAGUCGUGGGAACGUCUCUACUCCUCCUCAACAUCGUCCUCGUUAUUUGCUUCGUGAGAAAACGAAGAAAGAAGCGGCUCGAAGAAGAAGAGAGUGACCAGUCCAGUAAAACAGCCACGAUCGAGAUGUACGCGCCGAGCAGCUACAAUGAAACCAUGAACGGCGAGACGGUCAGUUCCACAUCCGAAAAAAGCGAGGCCUACUCAAACGAGCACAGUGCGGAAUAUUCGGAGGAAUCGAGCAAACCCGCCGCGACGACGUACCUCAUCGAUCAAGGCAGCGACACCUACGUACCUGACGGUUCCCUGCAUUAUGCUCCUUACAACCGCUACAGUGACGAAGUGGUCCCGUCAGUGGCAGCAACGGCAGCGGGCAACGAGAGUAUCGAUCGGCGGAUGCUGCCCAACCGGCGAGUACACUACGAGGGCGAUGCAGACUACUACAGCGAUGCGCUGCGCAGGAAUGCCUACAACCAGAAGCUGGGAGAUAAGGUAGCGUACGGCAAAGUUUCCGGCGGAGGCCCAGCUCCUCCUCCACCUCCCGGCCGAACAUCGGCAAGCGGAUUAGACACCGUGUACAACAUCAACACGGAGCAGCAGCGGUACGUCCCUUUCCCCGUGUCCGGCAGUAACGUGGCCGUACACCACCAGACCGACUUGAGCGGUCAACCCGUCCUGUCCACCUUCAGUCCAUCGUCCAACGCCUCCAUGUCUCCAGUUUUGGCAUCCAUGCACAAUUAUGGACCUCCCCUCGUGGAUGGCCCCGGCGAAAUGGACGGACAUCUCGUCUGACAUUCAACCGUCGUCUAACAACUCGGCAAACCUAGGCCGAAGGGGAAUUCGACCCGUGCCGUGGACACACAAGGAGUCAUAGCUUGUGAGCGCAUUCAAGCUUGCCGCCCAUCGCCGGCCCGCCGAUAGCGCGGCUGGCCAUUCAAGCUGGACGAGACGGAUAAAAGCCUAACUGCAAAUGUCAUGGCAACGCAAACGCGAAUGGUUUUUCCACUCUAAAAUUGUAUUAAAAAAAAAAAAGUCGUACACCUCGCUGGGGAAUGUUCACACGGGGAACAUUACUCAUUUUAUACUAAAAUGCGAAUACUGUACUAACCUCGAGAGUAUUCACACAAUGGGAAAGGGAAAAUUGAACUACUUAUUCGUAUCAUAAUGUCUUUAAUCGCUUCGAAAUGUAAACCCUUCUCUACUAAACUUAUGUUUCUUUCGUUGCAAUGCCUUUGCGGUUUGCUGUUUUGCAAAAGGUCGUACACUAAUGCGGCAACAAUGCGCCACACAGAGCUGUCUACGAUGGAUGAGUCCGAAUUAGAACGCCACUUGUAGUCGAACGGCCACCUACUGUGAACUAGAGACUUCUACUUUCAAAGUGCCAGUGUACUUGAGAAAGCGACGACGGACUGUGCAACGUUCGCCUUCUCAAAUCUACGGGACAACUAUACUCAAAUGCGAGACUUCAGGGCUUUACAAUGUGCUCAAUCUUCACGACGGUGCAGUCUUUAUAGAGACGUCAUGUGAACAGCAGUGUACAGACAACCUCCGCUGUGCCUUAUAACGAGGGGCAGGGACCUUUCUUGUGAACUUGUGUGGUUGGUUAUGCAAUGAACUUGCAUGCGUGCUACGUGCUCACUUAUGUACAUGUGUUUGUGUAAGAAGUGUGGUUGUUUUGAAAGCAGUGAGAUUCGCUUGCGAGAGCUAACUUAUGAUUCUACGGCGUGGUGUUGCGAGUCGCAGCACUUGGACUGGCAUGUGCGGUUGUACUUACUAUAGCUUGUCGUAAUUUUUUUUUUCGACGCAUAUUUCAGAAAGCAUUACGUUUUGUACAGUAAUAGAGCGUUUGCGUGUCAGAAACUUAUGUGAGCUUUUUUUGCAAUGAAUGAACGGCGGCCGUCAUUACUGUAACUUCACCCAAUUCACAUGAAGCGAUCAUGUUUUUUCAUAUUGUCUAGUCAGAGCAAAUCGCCAAAGACGCCAAAAUAUCUCACCAGGCAUCUGCUCCAGCUCUGACUGUUGUCGGAGUUGAGAAAUUGACUUCCACUGAAUAUCUAAUAUGGCUGAUGCAGCUUGUAAAUUUCUGACAAUUACGAUGGAGAAUUGUAGUGAAAUAUUUUGCACUUCUGCAAGAAACCAGUACGAUGUUCCAGUUCACAACUUGUAUUUAUUUAAUAACGUUAUUGAUCCGCACACUUGCGUUGAGGUUUCAGCUGCAAAUCCGGUAUGACGCGGCAGUGACAUCUUGAGUACAAUACUCUACUGUACAUAACCUGUAAAACUCCGGAGCAGGUGGCAAUAUUGUGCAUUUUUCGCUUUUGUUUGGUGCUUUUUCCACGAAGAACAUGUUUUUUUUUCUUUGUUCGUUUGUUUCUGCUACGAAAAAUACUGAAUACAGCAGGAACCUAGUCUUACGACUGUCACCAAAGGACCAAUAGGUUUACAUUGCCAGCUGAACUGCAGCUAUGUGUCGCUUCAGUGUUUCAUUUUACUGUUGUUUGACUUGCAGGAAAACAUUCAUGCAGUAAUGCCUUUCACUGUUUGCCCCCUUUUGUUUAGUUUCUUUUUGUAUUUAUCCUUUCUUCUGUCCCCGUUUGUUCGUUUCAUCUGAGAUAAAGGCCGGUCGUUCCAAGAUAAAGAAUCUGAUAUCUGCAUCAGUGUAAACUGGUGUUAAUCUACCACAUGAGCUGUACAGCAAUACACGUUAAUAAAAACGCUAGUUCUCUUG